AUGAAAGUAAUAUUUUCGUUGUUGCUGAUCACCCUAACCAGCACUCAGAGAGAAACUUAUGCUGGCUUUUUGUCGUCUAUCUGUCAAUUUUUUGACGGUAAAAAUUGUCAAAUAAGUAAAAAUGAACCAGCUACAGCUAUAGCCGUUCUGGAUUCUUCGGAUGUUAAAGGUACUGUUAUUUUCACUCAAACUUCGUGCUCGGGACCAGUAACAAUACAAAUUUCCCUCGCCGGACUUACUGCUGGUGAACAUGGAUUUCAUGUACACGAGAAAGGUGAUAUAUCUGGAGGAUGUGCGACAAUGAAAUCCCACUAUAAUCCGGACGAACAUAAUCACGGUGCACAAACAGAUAAAAUUCGUCAUAUAGGUGACUUAGGGAAUAUAGUAGCAAAUGCUGAUGGCACAUGUAGCAUGACUAUUCUUGAUGACCGUAUAACAUUGAGUGGACAACAAAGUAUUAUUGGACGGGGUCUGGUCGUUCACAAGGACAGAGAUGAUUUGGGAAAAGGUGGUGUAGAAGAUUCACUGACAACAGGAAACGCAGGGGGUCGCAUUGCUUGUGGAAUAAUAGGUUACAAGUAAUGUGUCUUUUACCUUUGACUUUACAAUACUUUGUUCGAAUAAAAGAAAUGC